AUGCUGCACACUUUGGUGAAUCAUCAAAAAAAAGAAACUGCUUCAAAAAAAACCACGAGAAUUAUUGAGUUGGGUUGGAUGUACGCCAGUGACACUGAGGAAUUUCGUCAGGUACGAAAAUUAUCAGGUGGUGGCACUCGGCAAAUUCAAGUAGAACAAUCCGCUAAGGUGUCCCUAUUGAGAGAGAAAGCAAUAGAACUUUUUUUUCCUGGCGGAAUAUCACCCAAGGGCAAAAUAUCCGACUUUGCAUCGGUACUCUUAGUUGAUUUUAAACUAAAUGCACUAGACGAGACUUUGACAGUUAAACAGUAUUUUGAACUGACGGCCUUAACGAAGCUUCGAUUUUAUUUGGCAACCAGAAAUUUAAAUGAAGAAUCGUCUGAAAUUUCUGCCUUACAGCCCAAAAGAGGAAAACGCAAACGCAACAAAUUUCAAUUUUCUUCUGAGGAAGAUGAUAGAAGUGACUAUGGAGCAUCGGCAGCUUGUCAGGAACUUCUUUUGCAUCAGGAUAAUCGAGAUUCAUGCAAUAUGCCGUCAGUGUCUUAUGAGGGCAUGGGAUCUGAAACAUUAACCUCCACAACAUCCUUGGGCACCGAAGUAAGAGAAGAAACGUUUGCGUUAGGCGAUUCUGGUCCAGACGAACUUACUGUACUGGUGAACAGCAUACUGGAUGACACUUAUAAUAAUGAACCUAACAUUGAAGAAAGCCUUCCCAACAUAGAGGAAAACCUUGCCACGUUUUUAACACCUGACGUGCAGUCAUUAGAACAGAUACUAACUAACUUACAAAAUAGGAUUAGUUCAGUUAAUAUUACGAAGAUAAACGUUUACAGAAAAGACAUUUUUGGCUGCUGUCUACGUGCAUUCCGACGCAAAAACUUUAAACCGUUCAACAUAAUUUAUGUAAAUUUCACAGAUAUUGAAGAGAAAACUGAAGGUGCCAUUGACGAAGGAGGUCCAAAGCGAGAGAUGUUUCGACUUCUUUUGAAGUUUUUGUCCAACAGUAAUCUUUUUACGGGAAACGAGAUGAAGCACAUAUCACUAGACAGCAAAGCAUUACAUGAACAGUACUAUUAUGAGGCCGGGAGGAUUAUAUCUCUUUCACUUGUUCACGGCGGCACUGGGCCCCAUUUUUUCUCCGAGACCCUGUAUUCAUUGGUUACAUAUGGGAUAGAGAACACAACUUUAAGAUGCGAAGAUCUGGAACCUGAUAUAAAAGAGAAAGUAGAUCUGUUUCAGAGUGAAACGGAUUUGUUUAAGUUACGAGAUAUGAUUUUAUCCGAUUCCAUAUUUCCUACUGCAGGAUGCCAUUUCAUUGAAAAGUUGGAUGACAAAGAACGUAUUCUACAAGAUCAAGCAUACGCUAGCGCCCUGUUAAACCAUUCUAGGGCUUGCUUUAAUCAACCAACCCAAACCUUGGCUCACUCACCAAAAGAAGAAGCCAAGAAAAUUGCUUUGACUACCCCAAAAACAUCUAUCGGUAACUCUGUAAAUUUAAACAAAUUGAAGAACAUGAACAGUAUCCAUAUCCAAAAAUCUCCUGUGAAACUGAAUGUUCAAAAUGAAUCAUUAUCAUUACCCUCUACUAGCACUGAGCCCUCCACCUCAACUACUACAGAGGUAGAAAGAUCCUCGGAAAGAUCGGUAUGGACUCGAGAUGACCACAAUGUCACCCCAGUGGCCAUAGUUUCUUCAUUCACUAACAAUUUUCCAGCAGAGGAAAACUGUGAAAAAAAUGAGGAAAAUGAUGAUGAAAAUAUACCUGGCAAAAAGAAAAGGAAGUUAUUAGUAAACAAGGAGAAGCCUGUUAUAAAAAUUCUCUCGGAAAGAGAGACAAAUGCAGAAAGAAGGCACCAGGAAAAUUUGCAGAAAAAAAAUGAAGCCUUAGAUUUAUGUCGCCAGAUACUCGAUUUGGCUCAAAAUAUUGUUGAACCAAAGAAGUAG